UACAACCCCCCUGCCUCUCCUAUCAACUCCCCAGCCCCCUGGGACUUCUCUCCAGCACCCACUCGAUGCUAUAUACCUUCCCUUCCCUCAAAAUCCUCCCUUCCUUCAUCAGCUAUUCAGUCUCUCUGCCUGGACACUCUUACUAAUCUUCCUCCUAAUUCCAUUUUCAUUUUUACUGAUGGCUCCCUUACACCAACCCACAAUGGUGCAGCAUAUGUUAUCCCAAAAUUGGGCAUUCAACAAAACUUCACCCUUCAAGACAAAUGUACCAUUAUGGAGCUGGAACUCCUUGCCAUACGUGAGGCACUCUCAUGGUUCUCUUCUUCUAAUCAUCCCCAUAGCUUUAUUCUCACCGAUAGCAAAUCUGGCCUACUGGCCCUUCAAAAGCUCCCUUCUUCUACUUCCCUUCACACGCUUCUAUCAGAAAUUUACUCCCUUUAUAAGACUUGCAUCUCGCUCAAUAAAUCAGUUAAAUUUCAAUGGAUCCCCUCCCACAUUGGCCUUGCUGGAAAUGAAGAGGCGGAUCGACUCGCUAAACUUCCCACAGGUACUCCAAUUUCUCUUCCACCUUCCGCCCUCCAAACCAAAAAAUCUCUUAUACUCUCUCUCAAUACUGACUUCACCUCCUAUCUACAAAAUCAUUCUGCCAACCCUUGGCGCCCCCUCUCUUCAAUCACUCUCUCCAAUAAGCUACUUUCUCAUCCCCCAAAAAAGUUGACAUUUCCCUGCGCCGUCUGAGAACAGGCGCUAUCCUCACCCGCGAAUUACUAUUUAAAUUUAAUAAAAUUGACUCCCCCCUUUGCCUAUUCUGUAAGGUCCCUGACACCCUCGAACACCUCCUACUUUAUUGCUCUCUCUACUCCGCGCCCAGGAACACCCUACAGACUCAUCUUCUUGCACUUUCUGAAUCCCCUCUCUAUCCUUGCUGCACUCUACUCCACUUCCUCUACCAUUCUCAAACUCCUAGGAGACUUCGUCAAAGACUGCAAUUUCAUAAAUAUGCUUUAAAUCACCUCUUUGUCCCUUCUACCUCCAGCCCUCUGUCUCCCUCAACCACUACUUCUUCACCAACCUCUUCUAGAGCUCUACAUGCCUGCUGGCUUUCCUCCUUCAUUAACAUCUGUCCACUAUACUCAACUUUCUUCUUCCCCUUCUCUCCCUACUAUGCAUUACUACAAGACCGAGAGUCCAAAGCACUUACUUCUGUAAGAGACAAAAAUACUACUCGACAAACGUUCCUCAACCGAGAAACUCUUCUCCUAGCCACCUCCAACACCCUACAACCAGCACCGACAAACCUCCGAAAUAAGUAAGUAUCCAAAUUUAUGUCUCUCUUCCUAUUCUAAUUUAUAUCUUCACUUCACCACGCCAGCUCAUCACCUGCUCUACCUUCCUAUUCUGAAAUAGGUCAUGCACAUAUUCAUCUCCGGCUCUUCUGCUCCCUCAUUCUACUUCCAUAUUACCUCCAUCUCCAAAUCCUGCUCUCAAAAUAUUCCUCCUCAAGACGCACUUAUCUAUACAUUUUUUCACAUAUAUCUGUCCUUACUCUUAGAAAUCUUAUCAAUCACCUUACAUGGGCAAGUUUGCACGAAUAUAUGAAUUAAUGCUACAUUAUCUGAAUUUUCCUGACCUUACCAUCCUUCGCUUUCCCUUUACUCUAUGGAUAUCUCAAGCUUUCCCGGUCUCUCUCCCUCUAUUAUAAUUAUUUACCUUAUAUAUUCCUCUUCUCUCUAAUAACCCGAAAGGGGCCACUCUAUCUCCCCCUUUCCCUACUAAAUAAAAUCCUCCGUCCAUUCCUUUUAUCCAUUUGGAUUUAGACUCUGUCCCAAAGAUUUCUGAAAAUCCAUGCACUAACCAUUCUAGACUGAUAUCUAGAUUCCAGUGUACUGAAAGUCAUAGUUCUUUGGCAUCGUCAAGUUCUCGGGAGCCGAUCAGGACAUCGAAAUCGGGACGCCAAGCGACACAAGAAGAACCAAAACAAGGAAAUUGGUUUGAGACACUCCUCCAA